AUGACCUCGAGGUGGCGACGAUGUACCCGCCGCGCCACGAGAGACAAUCACGAAUUCUUCAUGCGCAACUUCGACUCCCAAACCCUUUCGGUCGGGCUCUGGAAACGCAUCAAGGCGGGGCCAUGA